AAUGUGAAAUUCGUGAUCUUUAAUUUGUUUCAUCUCGACUCCAUCCAUCCCUACCGCCUCCACCAUUCGCCGUCGACGAUCUCCACCAGACGCUCCGCCGCAAGGUUCCAGUCUCCGUAUUUUCUUCCGAUUUUCAGACCUAAGUAUCUCCUUUCUUCAUCGUACUCGAAAAACAUGGGCAAAAAGGCUGGUGAGCUACAUAUAAAUGCAAAGAAGUUUGGUGGUCUGGCAAAACCUUGUAUGAAGGACAUGCUGAGUUAUCUUGGGUGUUUGUCCCUUAAUCAUAACGUUGAUGAAAAAUGCACUCGUCAACGCCAAUUACUCGCUUCGUGCAUGGAGACUCAGAUGGGCAAAAAAAGAAAACCAUGGGGAACACUUAAUUACCACUUGCAGAGGCUGAACAGAGGAAGAAAGUAGGUAUGAGGUUUUAUUUAGUGCACUGGUUGCAGGUAUGUUUGAUAAUUUUUUUUUGCUCUAGUUGACAAUGAUCAUAAACUGGCCUGUGAUUUUGCAUGUUUGGACGUAACGAGAGCCAACUAUUUAAGCACUGGUUAUUGAAAUUGUUUAUCUACUUAUUGUGUUUUGAGGGUGUUUA